AUGGCACAAUCCUCACGCUCUCUAGAAGAGCAGCUCAAGGCCACCAGUGGCUUUAGCGACCUCACGAUUGUCUGCCAAGGCGUCGAAUUUGCAGCACACAGAUUCACCGUCUGUGCCCAUUCUGAGGUCCUGACAGCCGCAUUGACGGGCAAUUUUUCCGAGGCCAAGAGCAGUACCAUAAAAAUGGACUUCGACCUGAAUAGCGUGAAACGCUUUUUAGAAUUCCUUUACACCGGAGACUACCACGAGACCCCAGACCCAGCUCUAGAGCUCAUCACAUCUAUCCCUACCCACGAUGAAGGAAUCCAGGAUGCAACGAGCUGGAUCUGCCAUUGUCGCAUGAACUCCGUGGCUGACUACUAUAACGUGACCGGGCUCUCUGCAAUUUCUCUCGCCAAGCUAGAGGGAGGCCUUCAGAGCGAAUGGUGUGUCAAGUCGUUCUGCGCUCUUCUAUUGGAAUGUCUCAACGAUAUCGGUAAUAGAGACACUCUUUGUUUACUGGGAAACAUGGCUGCUGAGCAUUACGAUGAGCUGGCCACAUUCCAACUCUUCGAAGCAGGAGGCCCGGGUGAGCGGCUUGCGCCGUUUGUAUUGACCAGUUGCAUCAAAAAGCUCAAUGAAACUAAAGCCCUCCGUAAGGAAGCUGAAGGCCGUUGCGAGCAACUGAAAUACGAACUCAGUGUGCAAGAAUCGCAGUCAACGCAGCAUUCAAAGAACCUUGAGGAAUGCAUAUCAUUGAUGGAAAACUGGUCAUCCUGUCGGAACACCAACUGUGGAGCCGAGUUUAAAUGUUAUUUUGAUAGGAAGGGCCCAGCCUCCUCACCCACGUAUAUCCUACGUUGCGAUCGUUGCCGCUGCCGUCAUGAGUAG